AGCCGCAGUGGUCGAGACGGAAGAGCCCAACCCGCAAGCGCGAAACAAUCGCCCUCCUUCCCGCAGCCUCGCCCCCUUCCUCCCCGUCCCCCACCCAGAUCGAACCGAAGAGGGAGGAGGCAGCAGCAACCACCGCACGCCACUGCCGCGCUAGAAGCUUCCAGAAGCGCCGCCCCGCGAGAGGGAGGCCUGAGCACGGGGGAGAUCCGGCGGCAGGGCAGGUCGGUCGGAGAUGGGAGUCCCGGCGUUCUACCGGUGGCUGGCGGACCGCUACCCGCUGACGGUGUCGGACGCGGAGGAGGAGGAGCCCGUGGAGCUCGAGCCCGGCGCCUUCGUCCCCGUCGACCUCCGCCGCCCCAACCCCAACGGCAUCGAGUUUGACAACCUCUACCUCGACAUGAAUGGCAUCAUUCACCCCUGCUUCCACCCCGAAGGCCGGCCGGCGCCCACCACCUAUGACGAGGUGUUCAAGUCGAUUUUUGAUUACAUCGACCACCUCUUCGGCCUCGUCCGCCCCAGGAAGCUCCUCUACAUGGCCAUUGAUGGUGUUGCUCCAAGGGCAAAAAUGAAUCAGCAGAGGUCCAGGCGAUUCCGGGCUGCAAAGGACGCAGCUGAUGCGGCAGCCGAGGAGGAGAGGCUGAGGAAGGAAUUUGAGGCAGAGGGUAGGACUCUAGCCCAGAAGGAGAAGUCAGAGGCAAUCGACUCGAAUGUCAUUACUCCCGGGACGCAGUUCAUGUUUGUACUAUCUACGGCGCUUCAGUACUACAUACAACUGAGAUUGAAUCAUACACUUGGAUGGCAGUCUGUCAAGGUAAUAUUGUCUGAUUCCAAUGUCCCUGGUGAGGGAGAGCACAAAAUUAUGUCAUACAUCCGCCUGCAGCGCAAUCUUCCUGGCUUUGAUCCCAAUACACGUCAUUGCUUAUAUGGCCUGGAUGCUGAUUUGAUUAUGCUUGCUCUGGCAACUCACGAGGUCCACUUCUCAAUUUUAAGAGAGGUGAUCUCCAUGCCAGGGCAACAAGAAAAAUGUUUCCUGUGCGGUCAAGUUGGGCAUUUGGCUGCUGAAUGCAGAGGCCCUAGCCAGGUUGAUAGUGCUGUGGAGCUACCUCCUAUCCAUAAAAAGAAAUACCAGUUUCUUCACAUAUGGGUGUUGCGUGAAUACCUGGCAAAGGAUUUGGAAAUUGUAGAUGCUCCAUUCAAGAUAAACUUUGAACGGCUUAUCGAUGAUUUUGUGUUUAUGUGUUUCUUUGUUGGCAACGACUUUCUGCCUCACAUGCCGACUUUGGAAAUUCGUGAGGGUGCCAUUAAUCUUCUGAUGAGUAUCUACAGGGCAGAGUUCAUAUCAAUGGGUGGUUACCUGACCGAUGGGGGCGAGGUUGUAUUGGACCGUGUGGAACAUUUCAUUCAGUCCGUUGCUUUCAAUGAAGAACAAAUUUUCCAGAAACGUGCACGCAUUCAACAGGCACGCGAGAACAAUGAAGAGAGAAACAAAAUACAGAGAGAAAGUACCGAGGAGAAUCAAUAUGUGGACAAGGUCUGUUUUUCCCAUAAAAUUUCUGAAUAUGUUUGUUCAGUAAUGUCUCUGAUGAUUGUAAGUAUGAAAAUUGUUUGCUGUCCCUCAUUCUCUUUCUACCUUCAGGUCAAGUUAGGAGAGCCAGGAUACAGGGAGCGGUACUAUGCUGAAAAGUUUAAAGAAGAGGCAGAAUCAAAACCCAUUGAUCAAGUUCGGAGAGAUGUCGUCCAGAAAUAUGUGGAAGGUCUUUGCUGGGUUAUGAGAUACUACUAUCAAGGUGUUUGUUCAUGGCAGUGGUUCUAUCCAUAUCAUUAUGCGCCUUUUGCAUCUGACCUAAAAGACUUGGCUGAAUUGGAGAUUACCUUUUUCUUGGGUCAACCUUUCAAGCCAUUUGAUCAGCUUAUGGGAACACUACCAGCUGCCAGCUCCAAUGCACUGCCAAAGUACUAUGGGGAUUUAAUGACUGAUCCAAAUUCACCUUUGAAGUCUUUCUAUCCCAAAGAUUUUGAGAUAGACAUGAAUGGAAAACGUUUUGCAUGGCAGGGUGUUGCAAAGUUACCUUUUAUUGAUGAAACACGUCUGCUUGCCGAAACAAGAAAACUAGAAGAUACAUUGACAGAAGAAGAGAAAUUCAGGAACACGACAAUGUUUGACAUAAUAUAUGUUCGGGAAACUCAUCCAUUGACUGCUCAGAUUGCGUUCCUGUAUCGGAUGUACAACCAUCUACCAAGAACAGAUCCUUAUGUUAUUCCCAUUGAUCCUGCUGCUAGUGGUGGAAUGAAUGGGUUCCUUUGUUUAUCUGAAAGGAACUGGUAUAGCAUCACUGUAACAUCUCCAGUUAAGUGCUUCAACGGCAUUGCCCAAAACAGAGUUUUGAAUGCUACGUAUCUUAAUCCUCAGUAUCACAAACACAUCCCGGAGCCCCCAGUGGGGGUCAUCGUACCUGGGAAGAUAUUGAAGCCUAGUGAUUUCAAACCCUUUCCUGUGUUGUGGCAUGAAGAUAAUAGUCGUCGGCAAGCAAGAGAAAGGCCUCAGGUUUCUGGAGCUUUGUCAGGUUCUCUCUUAGGACAAGCUGCACACCGUCUGGUGAAAAACUCCCUUCAGAUCAAAUCUGGUAGCGCUGCUGGGCUACUUGAGAUGCCAUAUAGAGGUGCACCCUAUGGCCCUGGAAACAGACCAAGGCCUGCUGGACCAUUGGGAUAUGAGAGGGGUUUUGUGGACAACCCACACCAUGCACACACGUCCAGAAGUGUCCCGAACUCUCAUCCUCAGUUCUUUGGUGAUGCUCAAGCUAACAGACAGCCUAUGCGGAUACUGGAACGUCCAAACUCCGGAAGCCAUGAAGCUGGUAUCCAUGCAUCAAUGUCAAAACUGACAAUCCAUGAAGGGCCAAGGCUUCAUCAGAAUAACAGGAUGCAGAAUUCCGGGUACUGGCCCAACCAACCACAUCCUAAUCACUAUGCUGGACCCCCACCUCAGCAGCCUAUGCAGAAUAUCAGUUUCACACCUCAGCGGCCUUUCCAAACUGGAGGAUUCCCGCAGCAGCGACCAGUAAAUGGGGUUCCACCACCAUUACCUCCCAGUAACUGGAUUGGCAAGCAACCAACUGGAGGCCCCCCAGGUGUUCCUGCAAAGCAUGAUCCAAGGACAGCUCCGGAUAGACAGCUUAAGCAGGAUAACCCAAGAUCGCAACAGGAUAAGAGACAACAGGCUACCAAGGUAUACCGUGUCAAAACCCAAGCUACUAAUGGUAACGGUUUGUCAGAGUCAGGUAAACAGGAAGAACCCGCAGCAUAACUGGGCUGCUGAGCUGCUGGAGAUCCGAAUGCUGUGUUGCGGGCAUCCUGCUGCCAGGAGAUAAACAAGCUCGUGGUGUAAACAGGCAUAGUGUUUCCAUGUAUCCCUGUAAUUUAUAUUCGAUUGUUGAAUUGUUUUGUUGUAUUACCUGAAAAGGAGUUGGUUACAUUUAGGACAAGGGAUUUAGAAGGAGCCUUGUUAGUUGUUAGGACAGGAUAUGGGCAUGCACUGCUGUAGUAGAGCUGUUAGUUGGAUAGCUGAAACUUUUGUGCUGACUGCUGAAUAAUCUCCCUUGCUCGGCGCGAAGGAUGAAUCACCUGCCCUGCUGUAUCUUGUGAAAGAGUUGCGGGCAGGUAUUCUUGGCCCUUCCGCGGAGCGAAGGUAAAUAAACCUCGACUUCAUGCAAUAUUCUGUUUUUUUUUUG